AUGGCAGCCAUUUAUCCUGGUGUGUGGGCUGCUUCUCCUCUGACGGCUGAGACGGAGGGCGUGCCGCUGUAUACUGCAGCGUGUGGCAGUGCUCCGACACUGGCGUCUGCAGAAUGUCACCGUGCCUCACACAGCCCAUCGCUCUGCAGGCUGUCCCCCGCUAACAGGCGCUGUGUGGGGGGGCGCUCAGACACAGAGGGCGCUGACUCUCACAACUCCCUGGGAGAAACAAGCAUAAAUAUCAGGCCGGCUUCUCAGUCUGCAGCAGUACACAAUCGGUACAUCCAACCAAUCAGCAAAGUGCUCUGGACCAAUGACGUGGCGGGGAACACCUGGAAUUGGCUGUACUUCAUCCCCCUCAUCAUCAUCGGCUCCUUCUUCAUGCUCAACCUGGUGCUCGGUGUCCUGUCUGGAGAGUUUGCCAAAGAGAGGGAGCGUGUGGAGAAGAGGCAGGAGUUCCUGAAGCUCCGCCGGCAGCAGCAGAUCGAGCGAGAGCUCACUGGGUAUUUGGAGUGGAUCUGCAAAGCAGAGGAGGUGUUGCUGGAGGAGGAGGAUGAGAUAGCAGAAGAGAAGUCCCCGCUGGACGGUGCGUGGUACAAGAGGAAGCAAAACCUUCCAGUCCAUAAACGUGGCAAAGCAAAGAAAGGUAAAAACGACCUGAUAGGAGGCGAGGAGGGGGACGAUCAUUUCGCUGACAUCUCCUCCGUCCCUCCUCCUGGCUCUCCGUUUGGUCGGGCCAGCGUGAAGAGCAGCGGUAAGAUGGACAGCUCCUCGUACUUCCGGCGCAAAGAGAAGAGGAUGCGCUUCUUCAUCCGGCGCAUGGUGAAGGCUCCGAGCUUCUACUGGAUCGUUCUGUGUCUGGUGGGCUUGAACACUCUGUGCGUGGCCAUCGUUCACUACGACCAGCCCGAGUGGCUCACCAGGGCCCUCUACGCAGCAGAGUUUGUGUUCCUGGGUUUGUUUCUGACUGAGAUGUCCUUGAAGAUGUACGGCCUCGGAGUGAGGAAUUAUUUUCACUCCUCCUUUAACUGCUUUGAUUUUGGGGUGAUUGUGGGAAGUAUUUGCGAGGUGAUCUGGGACAUGAUUAAACCCGGAGCAUCGUUCGGAAUCAGAGUGUUGAGAGCGCUGCGACUGCUCAGGAUAUUCAAAGUCACCAAAUACUGGAACUCGCUGAGGAACCUCGUGGUCUCCCUCCUCAACUCCAUGAAGUCCAUCAUCAGCUUGCUCUUCCUCCUCUUCCUCUUCAUCGUGGUCUUUGCUCUGCUCGGUAUGCAGCUCUUCGGAGGAAUGUUUAACUUUGAAGAAGAGACCCCAACCACCAACUUUGAUACGUUUGCAGCAGCCAUCCUCACUGUGUUCCAGAUUCUGACGGGCGAGGACUGGAACGCUGUGAUGUACCACGGCAUCGAAUCACAUGGGGGCGUACAUGGGGGCAUGUUCUCCUCAGUCUACUUCAUCGUCCUAACGCUCUUUGGAAACUGUAUCCUCUAUGACAUAUUAAACUGA